UAGAUUAGACGUUACAGGCUUGUUAUAGUUUUAUGUUGGUCAAGCCUGACGUCUAAUAGUUAUUGCUCAAAAACGCGUAGCAUUUUGAAAAUUUAAAAAAAUGUCUGUUGACUUGCCUUUCAAGCUUUAUUCAAAAGCUUAUCUUCUGUUUUUUCAAAUGCAUGGUCUAUCAUUAACAAAAACUUUCAAACAAUGUACUUAUCAAUUAAAAAUAAAAUAUACAUAUCAGUCUAUUUCGCUCAUCGGCCAUACUGGUUAAGUAAAGCGUUUUACAGAUUGAUUCCAAUUUUUUGAACGGAAAAAUAUAUUCGAACACACUGACGGUGCAUGGGCAAUUAUUUCGUUGAAAAAAUAUUCCGUUAGAAACUUCUGGACUCAUUUAAACGCUUGCAUUUGAAUUAGCCAAUCAGAUUUCGCGCACUGUAUGGCGGCCAUUUGUAUAUUGGCUGUACAAGGAAUUUAAUUAAAUGAGAGGAUUUAAUCAUGACUUUUCGGAUGUGACAGUUCAAUUAUUUUGUUAAAAGGAUACCUUGUGUUCUAUACCACUGAUCAUACAAAAGAUGACAUCGACUGGGUCGUAGAAGGUGUUCUUGGAGAUAAACAUUCCAUGACUAUCACCGACCUUACUGCUGAUACUACCUACUAUUUCAAAGUUCAGGCGAGAAAUAGUAAAGGUUACGGUCCAAUGUCACCCAUGAAAAUAUACAAAACUCACAAAAAGGAUGUAACUGUCACAACUCCAAUAUCUACUCAACAGAUCCCGGUUGACUCUGAGAGUGACGUCGGCACAAUACCGGCAAGAUUUAUUAUACCUCCACAAACGAAAUUUAGGAGGGUGUAUAAGGGAGUCAGCUUGUCGGUCGGUUGGUCGGUUAGUCCGUCGGUCUGUCCACAUCAUGGUUUUCGGACGAUAACUAGAGUUUGGAAUGAGGUCAAGGUUGCUGGUGGGAGUAUUAAUCACCUUUACUCAUUAACCCUGAAGAUGUAAGUGAUAAGUUGCUCAGAGCAACACAACUUCAAUUCUAUCGAGAAGAAAUAAUGACAGCUCAGAAGAGGCGACAGUUAAUGGAUAUUGAGAAGAAAUUCUUUAAAAAUGCUAAGAAAUAUUUCCAAAGGAACGA